AUGGUGGUCACAAGGUCAUUGAGAAGUCAAAGUCCGCAAUAUUUACAAAAGAAUAAAAAUAAAGCUGUACGUUAUACCGAGAAGGAAGAGAAUGAUUUUACUCCCGAUAUCUUGGUUGAUUCUUCAGACAAUGAAGAUUCCAAUCUGAGUGGAGAUGAUGAGGAUCAGGAGCAUACUCCUAUUUGGUUGACUGACGGGAUAAGUGAAGAUAGUGAUAUUGCUUUAGAAUCUGAUGUAGAGGAUCAAGAUGAUUUGAUAUUGAAAGGUUUAUUAAAUGAUAAAAAUGGUGGCUCUGCCUCUACGCUAAAUAGUACUGAUAAAAACAAAGGUAAUGGCGAUGGGGAUGAUAAUGAUGGUGAUGGUGGAACAGAUAAUAAUGAUGAUGAUGAAACAGAUGAAAUGACUAUAUCAUUGAAAUUGAAAAAAUUGGAUGAAUUUGUGAAACAGAGUCAGGUAUAUUCAAGUAUUAUUGCAGAUACCUUGUUAAAACGUACUGAGGAAUUGCAGGAGGAAAGAAACGAAGAACUUUUGAGAGAAAAAGAUAAACAGACUACUGUCACUGAAAAUGGAUCAACUGAUACAGCUGACAUUAAACAACCCCCAAAGAAGAAACAAAAAAAAUCGAUUACAGAUUAUUUUAAAUCGAUUACAGAUUAUUUUACAUCAACCAACAAGAGUAAAGAAGAUGGGAAAUUAUCUGGCUCUAAUAGUAGGACUAGUAAAGAAGAUAAAGACGAUCUUUUAAAUUCUAUUGAAUCAAUUAGAAGCCAACAACCUGGUCUCUUGGAAAAUUGUAUUUUAAAACCGUAUCAAUUGGAAGGUUUAAAUUGGUUGGUAACACUAUAUGAAAAUGGAUUAAACGGGAUUUUAGCUGAUGAAAUGGGGUUAGGUAAAACUAUUCAAAGUAUUGCAUUAUUGGCAUUUAUAUAUGAAAUGGACACAAAGGGGCCUUUUUUAAUUGCAGCCCCGCUAAGUACCUUGGAUAAUUGGAUGAAUGAAUUGGCUAAAUUUGCACCAAGUAUACCUGUAUGUAAAUAUUAUAGUACAAAGGGUAAAAAAAGUAGAAUGCAGAUUUUAAAAAACUUUUUUAAAAAAAAUAAAUAUACUGGGAUAGUGGUGACAUCAUAUGAAAUUAUAAUGAGAGAUUCAAAUUAUAUUAUGUCAAAGGAAUGGAAGUUUUUGAUUGUUGAUGAAGGUCAUCGUUUGAAAAAUAUUAAUAGUAAAUUGAUAAAAGAAUUGAAAAGAAUAAAUACGUCAAAUAGAUUAUUAUUAACUGGAACACCAUUACAAAAUAAUUUGGCGGAAUUGUGGUCUUUGUUGAAUUUUAUUAUGCCCGAUAUUUUUGCAGAUUUUGAAAUAUUCAAUAAAUGGUUUGAUUUUAAAGAUUUUGAUCUCCAGAGUAAUUCUAAAAAGUUGAACAAAGUUAUCAAUGAUGAAUUAGAGAAAAAUUUGAUUACCAACUUACAUACAAUUUUGAAACCGUUCUUAUUAAGAAGAUUGAAAAGGACGGUAUUGGCCAACAUAUUACCACCAAAGAGAGAAUAUAUUGUAAAUUGUCCAUUAACUCCUAUUCAAAAGAAAUUUUAUCAAAAUACUUUAAAGAGUAAUUUAAGAGUUACAAUAUUUAAGGAAUUAGUAAAACAUUUUUUCACUUUAAACAAGGAUCGGAUUGGGUAUGUGUCUAAUAAAUCAAUAAGACAAUUCAUUAACUUUAAAUUAAGACAACAAUCUGAUGCAGUGACACCAUUAUUGGAAGUUGACGGUGAUGAUCCAUCAAAUACGAUUUUUGAAAUGGACAAGUUAUAUCAGAAGUAUUUACAUCAAGAGAUAUUGAAUAAAAGAACACAAAGUGUGAUGAUGCAACUACGUCAAAUCGUGGAUUCUACAUUCUUAUUUUAUUUCCCUUAUUUAGAACCUGAAGAAAUGACAUUGGAGGUACUUUUACAAACAUCAGGUAAACUACAAAUCCUACAACAAUUGGUGAUUCCAUUAGUCAAAUCUGGACACAAAGUCUUGAUCUUUUCUCAAUUUUAUAAUAUGUUGGAUCUGCUUGAGGAUUGGUGUGAACUAAACUCGUUGAAAUCUUUAAGAAUUGAUGGUUCUGUUGAUAAUGAAACAAGAAAGGAAGAGAUCUCAAAAUUCAAUUCAACAAAGGAUAAGCAUAAUGUUUUUUUACUGUCUACAAGGGCAGCUGGUCUGGGUAUAAAUUUAGUAGCAGCAGAUUCUGUAAUUUUGUUUGACAGUGAUUGGAAUCCACAAGUUGAUUUACAAGCUAUGGAUCGUUGUCAUAGGAUUGGACAAGAUAAACCUGUGAUUGUAUAUAGACUUUGUUGUGAUAACACAAUUGAACAUUUAAUUUUGACAAGAGCUGCUAACAAAAGGAAGUUAGAAAGGUUAGUGAUUCAAAUGGGUCGUUUUAAUACUUUAAAAAAGUUGGCAUUAAAUGAAGGCUCCUUUUUAACUCAAAGUGCAGGGAUAAAACCAAAGAGCACAAAUAAAGAGUUAGUUACUGAAUUAUCUGAAUUAUUAAUGAGUGGUUCUUCGAGUAUAGGCUUCAGAAAAGAGACUGAUGAAGAAAGUGAAAGACAAGAUUUAUUGACAGAAGAAGAAUUAAAAGAACUGAUGGACAGAUCAUCAUAUGCAUAUAAGGUGGACAGGACAAUAAAUAUGCCGCACAUCACCUUAUUUGAGACCACGUCUCAAUAUUAG